UCGGCAGGGGCCGGGCUGCCUGCAGGCUCGGAGGGGUUGCGGCGGCGGCUCGGGCUCUGUUGUGACCGAGGCCAGGUUGGGGAGCCGACGCCGCUGCAAACGAGAGAAGCACAGGUGUGGCCCCUUCUCCGCGGGCUGCUGCCAUGGCCGGCGGCCGCCGCUGACACUGCGGCUCAGCAGGUCCGCGGCCGGAGCGGAAGGGGAGACCCGGAGAGGACCGGCCGGCGAUGAGUGGCUGAGGCGGAUCGGGCGGUGACAGGCGGCCGUAGGGUGAGAUCUCGGCGCCCGGGAGAGCGGGCCUGAGCCGCCACAGAGAUUCCCCGCCCCGCUGUCUGCGAGGGGCUCGCGAUGGCGGAGAGGCCGCCCCCGGUGAUCUUCUGCCAGGACUCCCCGAAGCGGGUCCUGGUCUCCGUUAUUAAAACCACCCCGAUUAAACCGUCCCGGGGGGGUGAGGAGCCGGCGCCCCCACCGCCCGUCCCCACCAGCCCCGGCUUCAGUGACUUCAUGGUGUAUCCCUGGCGCUGGGGGGAAAACGCGCACAACGUGACCCUCAGCCCCAGUAGCGCCGCCGCUCCCUCCUCCGUCCAGCAGCCUCGAGGGGGGGUGGUCAGAGCCUCCAGCGGGGAGGAUGAGGAGGCGGGCAGCCCAGAUAGCGGCGGCGGCGGCAGCCACCUGAAGGAUGGUAUUAGACGUGGCCGACCAAGAGCAGACACAGUGCGAGAUCUAAUAAGUGAAGGAGAGCAUUCAUCCAGCCGAAUCCGUUGUAACAUCUGCAACAGGGUGUUUCCACGAGAGAAAUCUUUACAGGCACACAAAAGAACUCACACUGGUGAAAGGCCUUAUUUGUGUGACUAUCCAGAUUGUGGGAAAGCCUUUGUUCAGAGUGGGCAGCUCAAAACACACCAACGUCUUCACACAGGAGAAAAGCCUUUUGUCUGCUCAGAAAAUGGAUGUUUAAGCAGAUUCACACAUGCAAACCGUCAUUGCCCCAAGCAUCCCUAUGCAAGACUGAAGAGAGAAGAACCCACAGGCAGACUGAGUAAAAAACAAACCGCUGACAAUAAAGCUGUUGCUGAGUGGCUAGCAAAGUAUUGGGAGACAAGAGAACAGCGCACUCCUACUCUGAAAAGCAAAACAGCUCAGAAAGCUGACCAGGAACAGCAAGAUCCCAUGGAAUAUCUUCAGUCUGAUGAAGAGGAUGAUGAGGAAAAAAAUAGUGCUCCCUCAGCUGCCCGCCGUCGUCUUCAGGAGCAGCGUGAACGCCUGCAUGGUGCACUGGCUCUUAUUGAGCUUGCAAACCUGGCUGGAGCACCACUGCGACAGUAGCAUAGGAACUGAAUCUGCCAGUAUAUAAAAUGUACUGCCUGGUGGUACUUAAACAGUUAGAUCCUGGGCAUAAGCUAAGCACCUUAUUUGCUUGUCAUAGGCUGCUAUUCUGUAGAAUUUAUGAAGAAUGUUGUUGCCUCACAAGAUGGGGUGAGAGAAUUGCACUUUUUUGUAUGGUAAAAGACAGAUGUAAAGUUUUUAAGUAUUUUGUAAAUAUGGGACUGCACAAUGCAGGGUCGACAAAUUGCAUAUUGUGGAAAGUUAGAUUUUUUUGCAAGGUUAAUUCAUUCAUUUGAAGCAGUUCUCACAGGAAGCACUUUCUGAACAUAAUGCUUGUAUGAAUAGGAGAAUUGUACAGUUAACAAGAGGAGGAUUAUUUAUCUGACUAUUUAAACAAAAUUACAUUUAGUACGUUUGAUGAUACUGUAAGCGGUGAUGCAACCAAGUCUUUAAUGGCAAUAUAUUUUAUCUAGUAUCACUGAGAAGAGGGCAAAGGUUCUAACUUGUGGCGGCGAAGAAAGUAGUUACAUAGAAACUGUAAGAGUUCAGGAUCUUCACUGUGACUGCCGACUGCCCAAAGUAUGAGACUGACUUCGCUAUCUAUUUUAGACUUAAGAUUUCAGUAGAAUCUCUUGGUCUGAGUAGCACUUGUUAUUCCUAGCACAUGAUGUUGGGAACUUUUGCACAUUGUCAGGCUUAUUUGAAAAUGAAUGAUUAGUCUUGCAAAGUCUAGACAUAAAGGUAACAAUUGGUAAUAUUUCUCAGAUAUUUUGGACCCUGUAAUGAGAUUUGGCACUUGUUUUGUUAAUAAAGUGGGUAUUUACAGGGUGGUAUUGAUUUGUAGUAAACUAUUUAGACCUCUUAUUAGCUAACACUAAGUUUUAAAGUUCUGCUUUUAUAUGACUAUUAGCAAAUAGAAGCCUCCAUAUUCUUUUGUUUUAAGUGCAUAAAGCCACCUUAUUGCUUUACUUCAGGAUAAGAUGUCAAGUUUGUGUUCACUAAGUGUAGUACAGCUAUCAGUUAAACACUGCAGAAGAAUAUUUGCUGUUCAACUAGAAAAUAGGCUUCCAGAGAUAGUUGCAAGUGUGUUUAAAUUGUGUGGUUUCAUAUAUCUUUCCCAAAUAAAUGAAGUUAUAGAGCACUGCUUAGUGAUCUCAAGCACAAACUGAAAAGUAAGGUUAGCAGUACAUCCUCAUCACCUCAUGUUUUGUAUUGGUUUUAUCUGACUCACAAUACAACAGGCUUGUCUCAUGGUCUUAUUUUGCCUUUCUUUUGAGCAGCAUAUAACCAGAGAUGUGUAAUAUGCUAACAGAUGAUAAAAAAUUUGUUGAAUUGAGCAUGCCCAAUUCACCACAUUUUUUAUAUAUAAAUAUUUUAAUGUUGGGCUGCUGGUUUAGUGGAUAACAACUGGAUUUUUUUGUUAAUAUCUUCCAAAUUUAUUGACCUACUGCUUCUGUAGUUCAUAACAUUACCCAGGCUAUAGACUCUUCCCUCUUAAUUUUUUUUUUUAAACUGAUUAGAUGAGGACAGAUGUUUCACAAAUAUAACAUGAUUAUAGUAGAGAAUGCAACUCUUGAAUUCAGUUUUUCUAAUAACUAAUUCCUAUAAUGGCAUGAAUUUUAUUAACCUGGUACAUGUCUACAAUUGUGUUGGUGCACUUAACUAAACAGUGGUCAGAGAGAUUCUAACUUUUAAGUGAUGGUGAUUUUUAGAUUUACCAAUGCAGUUCUUAAUUUCUUGUGUUCAUUUCCUUGUUAAUUUAUUUGGCCUCAAGCUUUUUUUAAAAAAAACAUUAAAUAAAGCAAAAUACUCUUCUGUGGCCACCUGGGAUAUUCUAACUACAUACAACUACUUGGCAAUUCAAAGGCAGUAGCUGUAAAACCUCUAAGACUAACAGUGUUGGGCCCUAAUCCUUCAAGUGGCUGGACAUGGGCAGACCCCCUGUGCAUGCCCACACAGAGCACUGCUGACUUUAUAGGCACUCCAUGUGGGCACAGGGAUCUGUUAGUAGCCAGUUGCAGAAAUCAGGACCAUGUUUUGGGGUUGGGGAGGAGAACCUGUUUCCCCAAUCAAUCAAUUGUAAUAGGUUCGACACAUUUAUAGUACUGGAAGAAACUUUAUACAAAUUAUUCAGUACAUUGAAUUUGGUCUAACUAAACAUGUUCACGCAGCUUAAUCUGUUUUGUAUAUGUUAUACAUUUUGGGAAAAUACCAACUAGAAUUGUUUGAGGUGUUGAAGACUGCUUUUGGAGUAUUUCUUAACAUAAUUUUGAAAUGUUCUGUGCUGCAUAAGUGUCAGUUGUAGUUUGGCAUGAUUUAACAGCAAAAGAGUAAAAGUGCUGUAAUUUUCAUAGGUGCUCCAAAUAAAAGUUCGUUUAAUUUUAAGUUUAAAA